AUGGCGAGGACACGGGCGACGAAAGCUGCUCCCGCAGAUACUAAAGUAUCAGAACCUAAGACUACUACCUCCAAGUUUAGUCUAUCUACUCGAGUAGAAAAUCCUUCCAAUGUUUUCAUUCUUCCCUCCAAAGCGACAUCCGAAGCGCGUAUUGUCACUCUCCCCAACCCCAGACAUGGCCGACCCGCGAGAUACUUGGUGUGUCCAGAGACAGGCAUCUACGAAUUCACAAAGAUUGCGACACCAAAGACAACGCCACGAAGCUGGUUAAUCGAAACUGCAUCAGAGUCGACUCCUGAGGAUAACUCUAGCAAAGCUGGGGUGUCAAUGGGCCAAGAUCUAUUUCUGGCUACGUUAAUUGACCCCCUUUUCCUCGUCCUUCCCGCCUUGACUGAAACCCAAUCCAAAGGCUCGGAAGAAAAACGGCUCUUCCUUUCUAGCGAUGACCACUUCGAUAAGCUACAACAAGACUCGUCACAUUUAUCUGAGAUACUGCGAUGCGAUAAGACAAGGAAACUCAUCAAGAGUCGAAUGGCCGUGGUUUGCGAUACCGUCGAAGCUGGAGACGAGAGCAUGUUUCGAAUAAAUGAGAAUAAACUCGCCAAUGCCAUUCUGGAAAAGGCAAAGAGGAUGCGCGAGGGUGGCCUUGCUCCAAGCAUGGAAGAGAAGUUUGUGAAGAAGGCGCUUGAAGCACCGAUUCUUGUGCAGAAACGACAGAGUACGCAGACUACAACAACAACAGCAAAGCCGGAGGCUCAGACGCCGACUGCAGAGUCGACUGAUUCCCAGUCAACCGUUGCCACAGCUGAAUCAGAAGCAUCUCAGCCUUCAGCCACGGUCACGUCUUUCACAGAGGAGACUGUCACGGAAAGUAUUGUUAGUGCCAUUGAGGCAUCUACAGCUAUCCUCGAGCUCCAGAGGCUACGCAUCGCUUUCAGUUUCAUAUGCUCAAGUUAUGUUGCCGCCACUCUUACUGCUCAAUUGGAGAACCUGUUGAAAAAGGAGGUUAUGGUAGAUUUUACGCCUUUAGACGAUUACCUGGCCAAACUCGCGAAACUGCGUGCCGAAGCUAUGGCUGCACAUUCUAUUGACUACUCUCGCAAGCGUGGCCUUGAUGAAGACGAAGAUGAGGCUCUUGUGAAAAAGAGAAAAAUAGAGGAGGAAAAGAAGAAGAAAUCAUUGGAGAGCAGGGGAGUCCGGGAUCUCAAGAAAGUCAACACUACGGGCAUGAAAAAGAUGAGUGACUUUUUCAAGAAGAAGUAA